AUGGAUGCUAUCGCAGAUCCAAACUUUAAACAUCAGACAAGUAAGUUAAAUGCAACCGAAGAAUCGCCCUCUUUAUUGACUGUGAUCAUAGAUAUAACGCCACAGCUAUGGACAGAAUUUGAUGGAAAGACCGGUAAAAAUGGUAAUAUUCUAGACGUUUUACGAUCAUUAAUUGUGUUCUUGAAUGCUCACUUGGCAUUUAAUAUAUCAAACCAAGUUGCAGUUAUCGCAGCUCAUUCUCAAGGGAUCAAAUAUUUAUACCCAACCAACAAUAAUAGCACAGAACUAUCUGAAUCAGAAGACAGUAAAAAACCUAAUGACCUUUCUAUUAUCAGCAAGAAUAUGUAUAGACGAUUUAGAAACGUAGAUGAGACUUUAGUCGAGGAGUUAUAUACCCUGUUCAAAGGAGAGGAGAAAAACAUUGGGAAACUAGUUCAAAAGAGUACAUUAGCAGGAGCUAUGUCCGCUGCAUUAGCGUAUACUGAUCGAAUAACUAGGGAGAUGGAGAGUAUAUCUUUACAGUCCAGGAUAAUGGUUAUAACAUGUGGUAGCGAUAGAGGUAAUAGAGAGGAAAUAUUUCAGUAUAUUCCAAUCAUGAAUUGUAUCUUUUCAGCAACCAAAAUUAAGUGUCCCAUUGAUGUUGUCAAAGUUGGUGGUUCAAAGGAGAGUACAUUUUUACAACAAACUACAGAUGCUACAAAUGGUAUUUAUUUACAUGUCGUCUCAACUGAUGGGUUGCUACAAUAUUUUUCGACAGCAAUGUUUAUCAAUCCCUCUUUACGUCAAAUUAUUGUUAAACCUAAUAAAGGUUCUGUCGAUUUUAGAACUUCUUGUUAUAUAACUGGCAGGGUUGUUGCCGUUGGUUACAUUUGUUCUGUUUGUCUAUGUGUGUUAUCCAUUAUACCUCCAGGUAACAAAUGUCCCGCUUGUGAUUCUGAGUUUGACGAACGUGUAAUCGCCAAGUUAAAGAAGAGGCCAGUAGUUCCAAGAUUAGCAAAGAAGAAGAGCUCAGGUAACAUAUCUAAAUAA